AAGGAACGAUCGUAAAUGGGCGAAAUAUUGCGUUAAAUAAGUUAUUCUUUGGGGGGAAAACCCUCGCUGCGCUCAGGCGCGACUCACUUGUUCCGAUAAGGGAGUGACGUAAACAACCGAAGUGUCAUGGCGCUUUGUUAUGUUUUGGUGCGGAGGAGCAGCAGCAGGAGAACCAGCUGAUCGGAUCGCCUCGCCGCCCGAGCCACGCGAUGUAGAUAGGCCCCCUCGCCCACGACUUGGAAGAGGCGGCUGCGAGUGACCCGUGGGCCUCCCCGAAAAGUGGUUAAAUGACGUCAGAUACGGAAGAAGAGGCCACGACAGAAGCAGCAGCUGCGGCGGCGACGACGACGACGGUGGUGGUAGUCGCCCAUCAUCACCUUCCUCACCCUCACCCACCUCCUCCUCACCCUCCUCCUCCGGCCGAGGAUCGCAUCAGGUCCUUGUCCACUGCUUCCGAGGCCUCGGAAGACUCGGCCACGGCGCUCCUCCCCGACGUGACCUUCGGGCCCGCCAACCACACGGGCAUGGGCUCGCCCAGGAGCAACAGGGAGAGCCAGCCCCUCCUGGGGGCCAGGCACGAGCUGGACGAUUUCAAUCACUGGCCAGAUGAUCCCCACUUUACAGAUCUAGUAAGGCAAGCUGAAACGGCAAUAGAAAAUGGCAUAUAUCCAGAAAGAAUAUAUCAAGGUUCUAGUGGAAGUUAUUUUGUUAAAAAUAGUAAUGGGAAAGUAAUAUCUGUAUUUAAGCCCAAAGAUGAGGAGCCGUACGGUCGACUUAACCCCAAGUGGACGAAGUGGCUCCACAAAGUAUGUUGUCCGUGUUGUUUUGGCCGUUCGUGCCUCGUACCCAACCAGGGAUAUCUAUCGGAAGCUGGAGCGUCACUAGUUGACCAGAAGCUGCAGCUCAAUGUCGUUCCUAAAACUAGGGUAGUCAAAUUAGCUAGUGAAACAUUUAAUUACACAAGAAUAGACAGAGAAAAAUCAAGAGCUAAGAAGAUGGUGUCUGAGAGAUUCCCUAAGGUCGGCAGACAUUUCCACCGUAUCGGCCUGCCGCCCAAAGUGGGCUCCUUUCAGGUGUUUGUAGAGGGAUUCAAAGAUGCUGACUACUGGCUAAGGAGGUUUGAGGCUGAGCCCCUGGGUGAAACAACAAGUCGACAGUUCCAGCUGCAGUUUGAGCGCUUAGUUAUCUUAGAUUACAUCAUUAGAAACACAGAUAGAGGCAAUGACAAUUGGCUAAUAAAGUAUGACAAGCCUGAAUUAGAUGACCAAGGAGGAGAAGGAGAAGACUGGUCAUUGGUCAAGCCUCCAGAAGUGAAGGUAGCAGCAAUUGAUAAUGGUUUAGCAUUCCCCUUUAAACAUCCUGAUUCAUGGCGAGCAUACCCAUAUCACUGGGCUUGGCUGCCCUGGGCCAAAGUUCCUUUCAGUCAGGAAACCAGGGAUCUAGUUUUGCCACUGUUAUCAGAUAUGAACUUUGUGCAAGAGCUCUGUGAUGAUAUGAAAAGUUUGUUUGGGACUGACAAAGGUUUUGACCGUCACAUCUUUGAACGCCAGAUGUCUGUGAUGAGGGGACAGAUUUUAAACUUAACUCAAGCCCUCAGGGAUAGCAAGAGUCCAGUACAGUUAGUGCAGAUGCCAGCAGUCAUUGUAGAAAGAUCUAAAGGAAGAGUUGGUACGACAGCCCGCUUCAGGUCCUUCAGCGACACCUUCACGCAGUCGUUCCAAGAAAAGAGUCCAUUUUUCUCAUGGUGCUGAGUCAAGGCGUCACCAUUUCAGGCGAGUGUCUUAUACCCAAGAGUGAUGGACUGGCUAUGGUUAUUUUUGCGAAUUGUUACCUAUAGCGCAGAUUAUAUAUUGUCUUUUUAUAAGAUGGCAGUUUUUUAAGGAACUCUCUUUUUUGAAGGUGUUAUACAUUUAUAUGUGUAUAGUCAAUAUAAGAUGAAAUUGAACCAUUGUUUGUGCUCCUUUAUCAAAGUGCGUGCUACUGUGCGUCAUGUUGAUGGAUCGUAUUAACUAAGUGAAUUUUUUUAAAUUGUUUUUUUCCCACUUUUAAUGAAGGGAUUGCCAGGAAAGCACAAAGUGAUGAUGUCAGUUUUGUUUCAUCCGCAUAGAUUGGAAAUUGCAGCUUGCAGAGGGUCUUAAGAUUUAAAAAAAAUUGCAUCAGACAUGGUACAACAAGCAAGGAAAAAUGUAGGCAGUUUUAGCGUAUUUAAGUCGUUUUAAUCCUGCUCGUGAAACACAUUUUCCAGACAACCGAUGAAAGGGAUCAUAUAUCUGAUUUAACCGUUAUGGCCUAUUAACUCGCAGCUUAUGUCAGAUCUCGACUUUCCUUGAGUGGGCAUAGAAGUUACGGAAGGCACUUCUCAGGAGUGCUUUGUUAAAACCAGGAAUCUGCAUGGGUUUGCAUUGAGUUUAGACAUGAUUAUUUAGACCAUAAAAUCCCAGAUUAAAUAACGGUAAAGGACUGCAGAGGUUAAAUUUCAAAUAUUCCAGACUGAGCUAAUGUUCGUUUUUCUUCUGUUAUAUACUAUCCUUAUUUUGAUUUCAUGAAUGUCUUAAAGUAAUCAAACAAAUAAGAUUUUUGACAUGUAAUUCUGCUUCAUUAUCUUGAUUGUGUUUUUUCCUCCUCAUUUGGCGUUCAAGUGGAGUGUCAACAGAAUUGUAAAAAGGUGUUGGGGGGAGCCAUGGCUGCAUGUAAAUAUAAAAUACCAAAGACCCGUGAUAACAAAAUAGGAGUCCUGACAUGUUGAUUUGUAUUUUUCUGUCAGUUUCCUAAUAUUUCCAGGUUUGAAAGAUGCAAUUUCACUCGGCCUUCUACAUUGGCUCCCCUGGUGUAGCAUGUCAGAAUUUCUUCUAUUUACUCUUUACCUUGUUAUAAAGAUGUACCAAUGUAUCAUUACAAUAUAUGAGUAUAUAGUAUAUAUAUAUAACUUACAAAUGACAUUUACAAUAAUCUGUAUUGCACUUCCGUAAACCACGUUUGCACGACUCCCAUACCGUGUCGUCAUGAUGCAACAAGCAGGAAACUGGGAAGGAAAUGCUGGCUUUUUUUACCUGAUUUAAACUAUCAAGCUUCUUUUGUCAUAUUUCCUGCAAACUUUAAAUUAAAACAAAAACAUUCUGGUGUCAGACAAUUUAUAGUAUUUAUUUAGCUUGUAGGGUCUUCAGAGAAGUGUCAUUCUUUGUAGGGAGAGAAGGUUUGUCUCAGCUAUAUUCAAACCUUGGAGGGCAUUGUUUUAAUCUUGCUUGAAUUUUCUUAAAUGCAAAAGAAAUAUAUUAUUGAUAAUGAAUCAUUUAGAAAAAGUCCUUUGAACUGGAGGGCGGCUUCCAAGGCUUGUUAUGUAUUACCUUUGGCAGUUGCUGUUGACAUGUAUUUUAUUUUGAUCAGCGUAUUCUUUAAGGUGUCCUUAUCCUAAGAUAUCCUGCCUUGUAUUGUGUGUCUGACAGGAAGAUUAUAUCUGAAGGUUUUCAAUAUUCAUAUCAGUAUUUUCCCCCAAGUUAUUUGAUAGGUGAACUGCUUAGUUGAGAAGAAUUUUAUUUUGAAAAUGCUAAGGUAGUUGGAAGAGGGUUGAAAGUAUGCCUGUGAAGGUCUGUCUAUAAUUUUCAUCAAGUAGUUGUGUGUAUAAUAAUUCAGGAGGUAAAGUGGAUACUUUUGUUACAUAAAUAGUGCUUAACAGUUUUGGAAGUACUCGUACAGUUAAUUCUAGCUGUUUGUUGCAUUUUAAAAAAAGGGCUUCUGUUCAAAAUGAGAAACUUUUUUGAAGCUAUACUGUUCAUGAUUAGGUGGUUAGAAACUUGUAAUUUUUGACCUGUGUAUUGUUGGAAUUUUUAUUAAAUAUUUUUGCACUUGAUAUAGAAUGGAAGGUUAAAUAAAUCAAAAAGGCCACAAGAAGGAAAUAUAGAUUUUGGUGUACCCAACACCAUUAGUAUUUUGCUGUGGAUUGCCUUUGUGCUGCAACGUUGAACAUGCAAAUUACACACCAUGCAUGUUUCUCCUAGAAGUUGUAGGCUAUCAAGUAACUUGGGCUUGGAAGUCAGUAAGAUAACUAACAGUGGAAAUGGAGAGAGAAUGGAUCUAGUGCCACUUUUAACAAUGCAACUUAAAGAGGCUGCAAUUGUGACCCUUAUAGCCACUGCAGUGAUUUUAGCCUAUCGUUACUGUACGGGUUCAACUGUGUGCAGUAGAUUAUUUGGGCUCCUUGAAUAGAAAGUCCUCCUCGGAAAGUGCGUAUACCAUAGAGGCAAAGAGAAUGUGGCCAGUUGUAGCUUCACCAUUUAUCUAUUAAGGUUUUUCAUAAGUAAUGUUACUCACAUUGAGUAAAGUAUAUUUUUACAUAGAAUAUUAGGUUAAUAGGUUUCAGUCGUCUCCAGUUGAAAUGCAUCAUUACCAGUCUAAAAAUAUUCUUGUCAUGUGCAUUUUCUGUCCAUCAGAAUUAUGGUUAGGUAACCAGUAGGGUUUAAAUAAAAAGAAGAAAAAAAAAAAAAAAGUCCUUCUCCUCCUGAGAAAAGAGAACAUUUAAUAAUUACCAAGGGUUUUUUUUCUGAAUGUCAAAUGCUGCUUUUGCUUGUAUAUUAAUUGUGAAUUCUGAAACAACUCUUGAUGUGGGGAGCAGCACCUCCUGCUCUCUGGAAUACUCUGUGAUAAUGUGUUGAUAAGACUGUAUAGCACUGUAUGGAUAUUACUUCAUAUUCUUCUGUACUGUCCAUGAUUCAAGUGGUGUUUUAGAAUCCUGAUUUGUAGGUUUCUUUAGAAUAUAUAUGCAGCAAUUUCAUGUACCAAGUCAUUUUGUAUUAAAAAAAGUUUUCAAUACAAAGAACUACCAUUA